AUGGCGGUGGUGGCUGACAAGACGGUGGAGUUUCUGCUGCGCCACGACCCCGCAGGGGUUCCGCCGCGGCUCGAGUCACUCACAACAAACGCGUUCGAGCGUGUGCACUGGCGUGACGCCUUUGAUGCGUUCCAGGCGGAUGAACGGCUGGCGCUGUGGGAAACGAAGAGCGCGCUUGACGGCAUCGACGAAGAUGCGUACAGACAGGCCCGUGACGCGGUGUUUCCACUCGCCGUGAGCGGCAGUCAGGGCGCCUGCGCCUUCGGCAACCGCGCCGGCCAUAAGCUCCGUGAGGCUAUGGAAGCGGCGGGCGUGUGGGAGCACCUGCGCUGUCACGCAGACACGCGGCGGAGGUGCCUCGCCUUUGCCGACGUGUGCGGCGGCCCCGGUGCCUUCUCCCAGGCUCUCUUCGCCAUGUGUCGACAGCACAAGCUGAAGCUGCGUGGUUUUGGCAUGACGCUGCGCGGCGUGAAAGGGCUUGACUGGUACCCCAGCCUGCCGUCGAGGAGCUUCCUGCCGACCUAUGGCGUCGACGGCACAGGUGACAUCUUCCAGUUGGCUAACAUUGAGGCUCUACGUUCGUUAACACUUGCGGAGGACCUGAAACUCGUGGUGGCCGACGGUGGCUUCAACAUCCCAUCGGACAUCGCGAACUACCAGGAGACCAUUUCCGGUAGAAUUCUCUUUGGGCAAUGGCUGGCCGCACUCAAGCUGCUUCGGCCCAGUGGUUGCUUCAUUCUAAAGCUAUUCGACACGUUUUCCCCGCUCCUGCGAGCCAUGUUGUACCUCUCCACCUACCUAUACGAUCGCGUGCACGUGGUGAAGCCGCGUCACAGCCGUGUCGUGAAUAGCGAGCGGUAUUUGGUGUGUAUUGGCUUCAAGGGUGUCUCACUGCCGUGGAUGGNGUGGUGA